GGACCCAUGAUGCCCUUGGCCAUGACGCCUCCCCAGCUGCUAUCUGCUCAUGUUCAGCCUGCAUGAGUGAGCCACCGCUGCUCCAGCUGUUUCCUGUCAUCGCUCCCUUCACUGAAUAGUUUGAUGGGGCGCCGGGCGGAUGACAGCGGGAACGGUUGUGAUCACUGGCGGAAUCCUAGCUACAGUGAUCCUCCUCUGUAUUAUUGCUGUCCUGUGCUACUGUAGGCUCCAGUAUUACUGCUGCAAGAAGGGCACAGAUGGCGAGGAUGCUGAGGAGGAAGAGGAAGAGGAGGAACAUGACCUUUCCAUCCAUCCUCGAGUCCCCACCUGCAAUGCCUGCAGCUCCCAAGUCCUGGACGGCAGAGGCAGCCUGGCACCUCUCACCAGCGAGUCCUGCAGCCAGCCGUGUGGGGUGGCCAGCCACUGUACCACUUGCUCCCCUUACCGCACCCCGUUUUACAUACGGACAGCUGACAUGGUGCCCAAUGGGGGUGGAGGCGAGAGGCUCUCCUUCGCCCCUACACACUACAAAGAGGGGGGAACCCCAUCCCUCAAAUUGGCAGCACCACAGAAUUACCCGGUGACCUGGCCAAGUUCUGGGCAUGAGGCCUUCACUAAUCCAAGGGCUAUUAGUACCGAUGUAUAAUCCUUUCACCCUGAUCUGCACACACCCAACACUGCUGUCCCAGCAGGAGCAACGGAGUGGUGGAGGGGACCCUCCAAUAGCCCCCCUCCCUCAGAAACCAUUUCAGUUUCUCUGACUUCCAUAGCAGAGGUUCAGUAGGAUAUGUACAAUUACAUGCGUGAGGACCAGGGCAGGGUCUGUCUCCAGUCCUGUGGCCCAGAGGUAGGGACCUGAUAAGUCUGCAGUGUCACCACUUUCUCUCUGGGGAUUUUCUCUCUGACAAUCAAGCUCUAUAGGACCCCUUCCAAUAAGCCCCAAACCCUUUGCUUUGAUGGGCUGUGUAAAGACGUACCAGGGAAAGCUAAGCAAAGGUUAGGGAGACUUCCAGAGGCCUUGGGAGAUGAGGUGGGCAGACCUAAAAGAAAUGGACACAAAGGGUGAGGGUUAGACAUCCCAGAAUUUGAGAGGAGAGAGGAAAGGAUGUUAACGGAGCCCCUUGGGGUUUGCUUGCUGGAAUGCACACAUGAGCUAGAUUACACUCCGUUAUUUACUUGGGUUGCCUGCUCUGACAGGAAUAUUGAGUUCUGGAAAUGCCAUAGCUGCUAUCUAGUCCCUCCUCAUGAAACACAUCAAACUGAUGUGCGCCACAGCACACGACUGAUUAUGGGGACUGUAGCAAGAAGAGUCUAUAUAACCUUGUCUCCCCGUCAAGUCCUUUCUUAAGCCCCCUGCUGGAGAAACCUUUCCAGGUUUCAAUCACUAUAGUUCUAGAAGCCAAGUGAACAGAUAGAUCUCAUUGAUUCUUCGGCCCAUCCCUCCAUGCUUAGCCACAUAGACUCAGUCCUCUGAGGGUGGGUGGAUGCCCAUUCCUGGGGUGGGGGCUGGUUCCCUCUCAUAUUCAUCACCACCAAGAGCCAUAUGGCUUUGCCUCCUUCAGGAGCUGCAGAGCAGAAAGGUCCAGAGUACCAACAAGUAAGAAAAUCUGACCCUCUAGCAACUGGACCCAGAGGCAAUUAAAAUGGCCAGUCUCCAUGGCAACCAGAAGGAGGGAACUGAGGUGAUGCUGCAACAGUUAAGUUCCCACACACCUGCAUAAGCUCCUCCCUGAGUGUCCAUCUGUGAUGUGACUUUAUUAACAGGACAUUUUAUCCCACCAGGGGCUGUGGCCUUCUCAUCUGAGUUUUGGGGGGACCUCCUGAAGGUUGGCUGUGUCUUUGUAACUAGAUUUUAUGCUUGCUUGCCCUCCUUCGGCUCCUUACUCUCCAGUCUCUUGGUAAUGAGCUAUUUUGCUGUAUUAAGCUAGUCUCGAGUCCCAACACCUCCCACUUUUCAUCAAACAGUGGCCUUAUGGGGUUUUGUUGUUUGUUUUGUUUUGCUUAGUUUAGUUUUGUUUUGUUUUUGCAUUUUUAGUACAUCUACACAUUCUCCAGUUACCUCCAUGAUUCAAGGGUCACUGUCCCCACUUCUAAAAAUUAAUGCCUGCACAUUCCAGAGUCACAGAAUGCUAUGGAGGGUGGACUGGGAGAUGGGCUGUUUUUUCUCCUGAAAUCUUGUUGGCUGUUGGUUGGUCAGUCUGACAAAGAGCAGGGUGCACCUCACAUGUCCAACAGUAAAUAAUGAACACAGGGUUAAGAAGCAGAAGACACUCUCUGCUCAUGUUCUGUCCACUCCUUAGCCCCUGGGACCAACGCAAAGCUUGCCUGGAUGGCCUCUAAACAUCCCUUAAUGUCCCACAAAUCUGAAACGUCUUAGACUUGCUCCUCAGCCUCUUCUGCCUUCAUCCAGGCCAGGGCUGGGUGGACUCUCCUGCUGACUGAUCCUGGGUACAGGGACACUUGUUGUGGGUUAGAAACCACAAAAGGGGUGCUGGGAGGUCGGCCCGACAAUUAGAAGACAAAAAUCGUUUGAAUUGCUGUCGGGGCUAAGGCUCGCUCAAUUGAUAGAGCUCUUGUCAGGUCUGCACAAAACCCAGGGCUCAGACUCCAGCACUGCAUAAACGCCGGCACGGUGGGCGCACCUCUCUACUGGGGAGGUAUUGGGGAAAAGUAAGAGUUGUUCAAAGUCAUCCUUGGCUACAUAGAAGUUCAAGAUCAACCUGGGCUACCGGAGACACACACACCCUCUCAAAACCAACCGUUUGUUUAACGCCCUACUGAGCAACCUCAAAAAGGCAAGUACAGCCACUGGGAGCCUCAGCAGGAGGGCUAACUUCUCCCUCUCCCGGUGCAGAGGGAUAGCUGGCUCUGCAGCUGCUGUGCACCCAGUCCCACCAUCUGCUUAUCCUGGGCCAUGUGCAACCCUUUGACUUGCUGCUGGGCCUGGCAGCUCUCCCCACUUCCUCACUCCCAGCCCAGUGCCUUGCCCUCCUGCUGUCCCACAGCUUCACCCUAGAUAACAAUGCCAUCAUACCCAUGCCUUUGGGUAAACCAAGAGAACCCAGCCAGCUGUAAGUCACUUUUCUACUAGGGGCUCUGGGUAUAAAGCACUCUUUGCCUUUGUGUCUCCUGCAGCUUUCUCGGUGCAGCCACAAAUCAAAAUCUGGAUCCCAGAUGUCCAAGGGGAGGGGGAAUACACACUGCCCUUCAGUCCACAUUGUUCAAGGCAUAGGUUUUACCCUAAGCUACAGGUCACCUGACCCCCUCACUCUUCACUGUAGCAUCAUGAGCUCCAUCCUGGGGAGGAGAAGGCUCACCCAGCUCAGUUCUUCUGUCCCAUCAGCUGUUGAGUCUGUACCAUGAGAUACAAUUUUACACUCUUCAAACUGAACCCUAAACAGGCAGAGAAGGAGUCAGAGGCCCGGGGAAUAGCCAGCCCUCUCCGCCAUCCUUCUCCACAU